AUGCCUAAGCAAGCUAAGGGCAAGUCGGGCAAGGUGGAGAAGCAGCGGCGCGCUAAGAAGGAUCCCAACGCUCCCAAGAGAGGCCUCUCAGCGUACAUGUUCUUUGCCAAUGAGCAAAGGGAGAACGUCCGCGAAGAAAAUCCUGGAGUCUCGUUUGGCCAAGUCGGCAAGAUAUUGGGAGAGCGGUGGAAGGCCCUCAGCGAGAAGCAGAGGGCUCCGUAUGAGGCCAAAGCUGCCGCUGACAAGAAGCGAUAUGAGGACGAAAAGCAAGCAUACAACGCCCAGGCCGAGGCGGACGAAGAAGAGUCCUCGUAG